CCGGAGCCCAAGAUUGAUGAAUCAAAUGCAAUGAAGCAAUUUGUGCCGUGCUUUCAGCCUUUCAAUGCGAACGGCCAAUCGCGUUUCUAUGAAUGCAACGAGAUAGAAAGACAAUGGCAAGAGGAGAUGCGCGACAAAAUGGAAGCUCAAUACAAAAACCAAGCGGAACAUCAACUACAAAACAACGUGGAGCACAAAAUGGAAACCAAAAUGGAACCCAAAAUGGAAAACAAUAUCGGAAAUCCGGUGGGAAACUCGUACGAACAGUUUCGAGCACCGCGUCGCGUCGUGCAACCCAUCAAUCCGAUGCCGACGGCUAGGCCACCCAGAAACGAUACCAAUUAUUAUAAAACAAACUUUACAGGCUAUAAAUACGGUCAGAAGUCGUGGCGUGAGAAGCCCGAAUUUGUUGUCAAGGAAAUUCUGAAAUCUCCCAAGCAAAUUCUUCAGCUUGCCAAUAAGAAUGCGAAGCCCGAUGAUACUCAAAUGAACGACUCCAAUUCGCAAACGCGCCAGACUUCUGUGCCAAAAAUCGAUUCCCAUUUAGAGACAAGUCAAACAGUCAACUCACACAACAAGGAACAAUUGUCGCAAAGCUCCGACAAUUUGAUAGCUAACAAAGCUCCAGAAAAUGCUAGGGAAACCCACACUGUGCAGGACUCAAAUUCAACACUUGCAGUUACUGAAGGCAACUGCGUAUCUCAGUCUGAGGCUGUGCAGCCAAAGACACCGGAGAGUCCGAAAGCAGCCCAAGGUCCUUUACAGGAGCCAUCGACCCAAGCGAAUCGAAAGACAGAACCCAAGAAAAACUCGGAAGACUCGGUAGCUUCAACAAAUACAAUGAAGCGAUCCAAUUCUAAGCAGAUUCAGGAGCCAAAGGGCGUGCCACGGAUUUCCAGAAAGAAAGCUAAACUUUUGGCACGUAAGAACCAAAAGCAACUCCAGCUGCAGGCUGAUAGAUUAAGCCCAAGGAAACUACAAUCGGGAACGCGCUUAGCUCCUGUCAUCUAUAAUCUAUCAGGUCCGGAGGGUCUGCGCGAGGGGCUAUCUACUCAGCAGAAGUCGGAUGUAAAAGUGAACCCAUUAGCGAAACCAGGUCAGAGCAAACCAACAGCUCCCGUGAUGUCGGGGGAUGCUCCAAAGGUGCCCUCGGCAUGCAUUAAACCCGCCGAGAGUACGCCGCCAGCAAGCCCAAAAGAGCCCAAGCCUGUAGUUCCGGACAAGACAUGCCGGUCCCCAAGCCCAAAGGUUGACAAUCGCAGCUCGACCCAAACAGCAAACGAGGCAACUUCUUCUACAAAGGCUCAGCUUAAGUCAGCUUCAGCUCAGGUUAAAGUGGACCAAGAGGACGAUCUGAGUUCCAAGUGUGUUACUCCAACCAGAGCAUACAACCCUGUUUUGGCACCAAGCAGGCAAAGCCGAUCUUGGCGCGCGACCAAUACUCGUAAUAACCGAAGGGCUACUAACUCAACAGCUCCAGCCAAACAAAAGGGCUAUCCGCCCAGAGUUCCAGGAGCUCCCACGAAAAAGAAGUCCGCUAUAGUUGAAGUGAAUAAAUCAUCCGAAUCUGCUCCAUUGAAUAAGCCAGUUGUCGCACAGCAAGCAACGAAUGCUCGCCCAAAAGCAAAAGAACCUAUUAUUAUACAGUCGGUGGAGAUCAUCAGGCUGCCAACAGCUGAUAUAGAAGCUGCUGGAAAAGAUUCCAAAGAUUCCAAAGACGAUAUGAAAAUACAAACCAUCUUAUCUACCGGAGAUUCGGCUACGGCUGAGCUCGAGGAAAAUGAUUCGAAGCCGGAUGAAACUGGCGAGAAGUCGUCAGAAUUGGAGGAGAAUGAAAACAAAGUGUCUGAAGGAGAUGAAACAGAGGGUGCUGUAUCGGUAGAGCUAGGGAAUAGUGAAUUGAUGCCAAUUGAAGAGGCCGUGGAGUCCAAGCAAACAGCUUCCGAGGAGACGGAUACAAAGACAACUGAAUCGAACUUGGCAACACACUCUGAUAACCGGGAGGAGUUGGAGACAGGUGAAUCGAUGGAAACGCAACCACUUGGUGAACAGGUGGAGUCCAAUCAGGUAGUAGAUGAGGCAGAUUCUGAGGCAAUUCAGUCGUCGGAAUCAACAAACAAUACUAUAUUAAUGGAGGUGGAGAAAAUAUUAAAAACAUUCAUUAAAGAGGUCGUACAGCAGGUGGAGCAUAAAAUGUUACAUGAGGAGCUUCCAUCAACAUCCCGUGAUGUGAACGAGGAGCUUGAGGAAGGCAGAGUUAUGCCAAUUGUAGCGACUCCUGAGGAGCGAGCUAUAGAGGAGGUGGAUCUCCAUCUGGCUUCACAGGUUACUACGUCGUCGGAGGUAGAGCAAAGCGACGAGCAGGCAGUCUUACAGGGUGUCACACCGGUAGAGCUGAAUGAAUCUCAACCAGAAGGUGUUACACGCAUUGAACUCGAUGGGAACAGCCCAGAAUCAGCCUCGAACGGUGAUACAGUCCAAGUAGAGCGCAAUCAAAAUGACUUAGAAUCGGUAUUGGAGGAUGCAAAUCAGGUGGAGAAUGAAGCAGCUGGCCAGGCCAGCUCAGGCGAACCAGGCCAAGAGCUUAAUGAGAAUGAAGCCAAAUCAAAAUUUAAUGUCAAUAUAGAUACUUCAAAAAAUUCAGAAAGUGUAGCAGUAGCGAAUGAGGGGGACGUGGUAAAUGCCAAUCCAGGUGAGUUAGGCGUAGAUGAGGCUGACGUGGUGCAGCCAUUUGGUAUGCAACAGAGGAAACCAUCAAAAAAGAAAAGCCCGAGACUCUCGAAAAUGGAGCGCAAGGCGAUGCGACGCGAGGCGAAGAAAUUGCUAAUGGAGGCGCUGGCCCAAAAGAAGAAGGAAGAGGAUGAAGAGAAUGAGAAGAAAGCCCGUGAGCAGGCGAACCAAGAAGAGCAGAAAAUACCCAAGGUCGAGAAGAAGAAGGAGGAGGACAAGACAUUUAUUUUUGAGGAUGAGGAGAGCUCGGAGUCAAGUUCCGAUGACGAUGACGACUUUUCGGACUUGGAAGAUAUCACCGACCCAUAUGUGCGACGCAAACUCAAGUCUAUCAUUCGGAAAAUAAACAAGCUGUAA